AUGAAUCCCAAAAUCUCAGAUUUUGGUAUGGCUAGAAUAUUUGGAGAAGAUGAAAUUCAAGCAAGAACAAAAAGAGUGGUCGGAACAUAUGAAUAUAUGUCACCAGAAUAUGCAAUGGAAGGACGAUAUUCAACAAAAUCUGAUGUCUUCAGUUAUGGUGUCAUACUACUAGAGAUUAUUGCUGGCCAAAGAAACACAUAUUGUGAAACAGGAAGAGAAUCACCAAAUUUAAUUGGACAUGCGUGGACACUGUGGACAGAAGGAAGGGCCUUGGAUAUGGUUGAUCAAGCACUAAACCAUUCUUAUCCUUUUGCUAUAGUUCUGAGAUGCAUUCAAAUUGGACUCUUGUGUGUGCAAGAAAAUGCAAUUAUUAGACCGUCAGUGUUAGAAGUUGUUUUCAUGCUAGCCAAUGAAACACCUCUUCGCGAACCAAAAAAACCAGCAUUUUUAUUCAAUGGCAGCGAUGACUUACAUGAGUCAUUAACUUCAGGAGAAGGAUCUUCAAUAAAUGAAUUAACCGAGACUACUAUUAGUGCUCGCUGAAAGCUACCUUAAUUGAAUAUGUAAUUUUUUGGUUCAUACUUUUCUAUCAGAAUUAAGUUUAUAGACGUUUCAAUAGGUUCUUAAGAAACAAGUAUGUGUAGUCACUUUGCGGUAAUGUAAAAUGAAUAAUUUAAGCAUGUGUCCGUUUCAAUAAGCUUAUCAGUUGGAAUUGGUCUUUGACA